AUGGGCGCGACAAAGUUUUUACGCCAGUUAAAGUACGACCUUUUGGCCGCGCUCGUGGAAUUCAUGGGGACAUUGCUUUUUCUUCUUCUUGGUUUAGGUGGAAUCCAAGCUGCGGCAACCGCCAACUUAGCUCAUGAAACAUCUGAGGAAUCUACCAUCAAAACUGCCAGCAUGCAGCAGCUGCUCUACAUAGCGACGUCCAUGGGACUUGCUCUCCUUGCAACGGCUUGGACUUUCUUUCGCGUCUCUGGUAGUGUGUUCAAUCCUAACAUCGCGCUUGCUCUUCUCCUCACGGGUGCCCUCAGUCCAAUGAGAUUUGUUCUAUACGUCGGUGCUGAGAUCCUAGGAAGUAUCGCAGCGGCUGGAUUGAAUAACUCUCUUCCCGGCAAACUGGCAGUAAACUGCUCUCUUCACCCUUCCAUCUCACCCGCCCAGGGUGUCGUCAUUGAGGCCUUCCUUACCGCUGCGCUGACUCUUACCGUCUUGUUCAGUAAGUGCUAA